AUGAGGGGGUCUUCGCUUAUUCCUCGCCAGUUUCGUGGGGAUCCGGACGAUGCUGGAGAGCCUGGGUGGCUCAGUCGACAGGUGACGGGAGUGCUGCAGUCCGUCUCACUGAGAGCUUGCAGACACCCCAUACACACGAUAGUUGCCAUUGCGCUGCUCGCGAGCACCACCUACGUCGGUCUGCUGGACGGCAGCCUGGUCGAGUCGAGCAAGGGAGACAGUGCCGGGCAGGUCGACGUAGCGUCGCUGCUUCGCGGAGGCAGGAACCUGCAUCUCGGCCAGGAUACCCAGUGGAGAUGGCAGGUCGACAAUUCGGCGCAGGUUGAUACCAAGAAGCAUCUUGCCAUUGCAACCUUUGUGUUCCCCUAUUCGUCUUCCGGGUCACCACAGUCUCCUCCCCUUGCAGAGAACGUACCGCUGCCUGCUAAUAGCUCGGCCAAACUCAUCCCUUAUACACCAAAUGUCCUCACGCCCAUUUCACAAGAUACGCACUUGGCCUACUCGCUACCUUUCGAUGAAAUCUCCUAUUUCCUCAGGUCGGUCCAGGAGAUCCCUGACUCUGUCAACGAUCCCGAAAGCAUUGAGCAGAAGAAAUGGAUUAUGAAGGCUGCGCGCAGCGCUGUCUCUGGGUCCCAUGUUGCCGUGCGCAGCAUGUUCACUGAUGGAUGGAACUCGUUUGUGGACCUGAUCAAGCAUGCGGAGACUAUUGAUAUCAUUAUCAUGGUAUUGGGUUAUAUCUCCAUGCACUUAACCUUCGUAUCGCUGUUCUUAUCCCUACGUCGUCUUGGAUCUAAAUCUUGGCUGGCUGCUACCGUCCUCAUUUCCGGAGGGUUUGCAUUCCUCUUCGGUCUGCUCGUUACCACCGCUCUCGGUGUGCCCAUUAAUAUGGUCUUGCUGUCCGAGGGUCUUCCUUUCCUAGUUGUCACCAUCGGAUUUGAAAAACCCAUCAUCCUCACCAAGGCCGUGCUCGAACGCAGCCACCAGCAACCAGGAGCAAACCCUGCAGCCCCCAACGGUUCCGCUGCCAAGCCAGCCACACCAGUGCGAUCUAUCCAGGAUGCUAUCCAGCAGGCUGUCGAAGCCACUGGAUUCGGGAUCGUUCGAGACUACCUGAUCGAGAUCGCUAUCCUUGUCGCCGGUGCUGCCUCAGGCAUCCAGGGUGGUCUGCGACAGUUCUGCUUCCUCGCUGCGUGGAUCUUGUUCUUCGACUGUCUCCUCCUCUUCACCUUCUACACCACUAUCCUAUGCAUCAAACUGGAAAUCAACCGCAUCAAGCGCCAUGUCGACAUCCGCAAGACCCUUGAGGAAGAAGGCAUCACCCACCGAGUCGCUGAGAAGGUCGCCUCGACCAGUGACUGGCCUCAGAUGAACUUUGACGGGAAGGGAGGCAGCUCAAAGACCAACGGAGCCACCAGCAUCUUUGGUCAGAAGGUCCGAGCAAGCAGCAUCCCCAAGUUUAAGUUCCUCAUGGUUGGCGGAUUCGUCCUGAUCAACCUGCUCAACUUGGCCACUAUCCCCUUCCGCAACCGCCAAGAUGGCCUGUUGAUGCCCGUUCUAUCUAAGGUGUCCAACGUCCUCUCUCCAGUGACGAUCGACCCCUUUAAGGUUGCGGAGAAUGGUUUGGAUGUCAUCUACGUUAGCGCAAAGAGCCAGCAGGUCGAAACUCUGGUCACCGUGCUUCCACCAAUGAAGUUUCAGCUCCAGUAUCCUUCCGCACACUAUGCCCAUGCCAAUCCCAAUGUUGACCGCCUGCUUGACACCGACUACAACCCCGUUCUCGACGUUGUAGGUGGCCGUGUUCUGGAAAGCAUCCUGAGAUCUCUCGAUGACCCAAUCAUCAGCAAAUGGAUAAUCGCCGCUCUUAUCUUGAGUUUGAUUCUUAACGGAUAUCUUUUCAACGCUGCUCGCUGGAGCAUCAAGGAGGAACAGUCCUCAACUUCCUCGACCCCAUCUCAGUCUCCGACACCAGCUCCCGCGCCAGUGAAGGUUGAGCGUAAGCCCAUCAUCAAGGAAGAUGGCACUCCCAGGACGCUGGAAGAGUGCGAGCAGAUGCUCAAGGACAAACUUGUUACCUCGCUUGACGAUGAGGAGCUGAUAGAGCUCUCUCUUCGUGGUAAGAUCCCCGGCUAUGCUCUUGAGAAAACCAUGGAGCACGAGAGCAUCACGCGCCUGCAAGCGUUCACCAGGGCGGUCAAGCUCAGACGUGCCGUUGUCGCAAGAAACCCUGUUACCGCCGCCACCAGUGCCUCCGUCGAGAACUCUAAGCUGCCAUACGAGGGUAUGAACUAUACACUCGUUCACGGUGCCUGCUGCGAGAACGUCAUCGGUUUCCUCCCGCUUCCUCUAGGUGUUGCUGGCCCCAUGGUCAUCGAUGGACAGAGCUUGUUUAUCCCCAUGGCUACCACUGAAGGUGUCCUUGUCGCCAGUACCAGCAGAGGAUGCAAGGCUAUCAACGCCGGAGGUGGAGCGACCACUGUCUUGACUGCUGAUGGCAUGACCCGAGGGCCCUGCGUGAGCUUUAGCAGUGUGUCUCGCGCCGGUGAGGCCAAGGUAUGGCUUGACUCUGAAGAAGGCCAGUCGAUCAUGAAGGCCGCGUUUAAUUCUACCAGUCGUUUUGCCAGACUUCAAACAAUGAAGACAACCCUGGCCGGAACCAACCUCUACAUCCGAUUCAAGACCACUACCGGUGACGCCAUGGGCAUGAACAUGAUUUCCAAGGGUGUCGAGAAGGCACUGUCAGUCAUGGCCAACGAGGCCGGGUUCGAGGAUAUGCAGACCAUCUCUGUCUCUGGUAACUUCUGCACUGACAAGAAGGCCGCUGCCGUGAACUGGAUUGACGGACGAGGAAAAUCCGUCGUUGCUGAGGCCAUUAUUCCAGCCAAUAUCGUUAAAUCUGUACUCAAGAGUGACGUCGACUCCAUGGUCGAGCUUAAUAUAUCCAAGAACCUGAUUGGAAGUGCUAUGGCCGGCGCCCUUGGAGGAUUCAACGCCCACGCAUCCAACAUCGUCACUGCUCUCUUCUUAGCUACCGGCCAGGACCCUGCCCAGAACGUCGAGAGCAGCAACUGUAUCACCAUCAUGAAGAACGUCGGUGGUAACCUACAUAUCAGCGUCUCCAUGCCUUCCAUAGAAGUCGGCACUAUUGGUGGCGGCACCAUCCUCGAGGGACAGGGGGCCAUGCUCGACCUUCUCGGCGUCCGUGGCGCACACCCAACCAGCCCAGGCGACAACUCGCGCCGUCUCGCACGCAUCGUGGCUGCUGCCGUCCUUGCUGGCGAGCUCAGUCUCUGCGCCGCCCUGGCAGCGGGCCACCUUGUCCGCGCCCACAUGGCCCACAACCGAGCAGCACCCGCAGCACCAGCGUCAUCAACAUCACCUACCGUCCCCCCAACUCGAUCGGUAACUCCCGUCUCAGCUGCCGUCGGCGCAGCAAAGUCCGCGAACAACCUCGCCAUGACGGCCGUGAGUGAUCGAAAAUGA